UCCUCUUUUUUCUAAAAGCUCUCUCUCUCUCUCAUGUUUGUAUAUGUUUUCGAGUUUCUAGAGAGAGAAACAGGAGGAGUCUGGGCUACGGAGUGGAGUUUCUCUCUCUAGCUGAAAGCAAACUCUUCUUUUUUAUUUUUCUGCUUCUAAGAUUAUUAUUCGAAGUGCAGACAUAAGCUAUGAAAAGUACAUGUAUUUCUGGCAAUACAAGUAAUGCUGACAAGGGAGAUGAGGAUGAAGCUGCAGUCAAACACUUAAGUGAGGAGGUUGUCUUGGGGGAUCUGAUAUGGGUUAGGCUCCGUGGCUCCUCAUGGUGGCCUGCACAGGUUGUUGAUGAAAACACUGUGACUCGGAGAAAUAAACCUAGAAACGGAUCAGUGGGUAAAGUUCUUGUUCGACUGUAUGGAAGCUAUAAAUACAUGUAUGUGGAUCCUAUGACAUGUCGCUCGGGGUUUGAGAAUAUACUAAAGGAAAACAAUGGAAACUAUAGAGAAAUACUUGAGAAAACUCUGGAGCAGGAUCUUGCUCGCUUCAAAUCUGGUAGAGCGAAGGGGAAAGAAUCCAUAUUCAAAGGAAAAGUGAGAGUUGGUGCUCCGCAAGACAGAAAAGCUAAGCAAAAUACUACCAAAAAAAUCCAGGAAAUAGAAUUCCCAAUUUCAACAAAUGGUACCCCGGGUAACCAUCCAUCUGCAAGUGUUCAGGUAACUAGCCCUAGCUCUAGAAAGGUCUCUUCAAGCGGAUUGUUUUCAGAAAAUACUGAGGAAACAAAAAGUGAAAAACAAAAGCGAGAAAGGGUGCAGAAGAAACUCAAAAGAAAUCACCCAAACUCGGUAAGGAGUUCACCAAGGCUUACAGGUGUUUCAAAACCACAAACAACGUUGAAGAAUGGUGAAUUACUUCCAGAAAAUGUGAAAAGGGGAGGAAAAACUAAAGAACAAAAUCCAGAUGUAGUGCAUAAGAAACAUGACCCAAAUAGCAAAAGCUCUAAAAGCGAGGCAGCAAGAAGCAAAGCUGCUAAUCAAGAUGGUGGAAUGCAGAAAAAGCUCAAAGCAGAAACCAUGAGCCCUGUGAGCAGCAACUUCCACAGGAAAAUCCCAAGAACUGACAGCAAGAAGAAGAAAAGUCAUGCAAACUCUUGGUUUGAUUGCUCCUUCUGGGUCUCCAUUCCACCGAAAUGGACUUUAACCAAGCUUGUCUCUCUGCACUUCAAAAGCCACAAAGAAGUUUUAUCAGCUAUUGUCAUGUGGUGUGGAAGAUCUGCAGCCAACAAAGGCAACAACCCGCAUUUUGCUUUGCAAGAAAAAUCUAUCUUCAGCCAGUUUUUGGGAGAAAAGAUAUGGAUAUGGAACUGAUUGGUGGGUUGAUCUUCGGUCUGAAAUUGGUCAAUAUGACCUUUUUGUGAUUCUGUUGAGCUUCCUGUAUGGUAGUCAUGAUAAAACUAAAAAUUAACUAUGUAAAAGUCAUUUGUGACUCCACAGAACUUGGAUGUAAUUUCGGCUAUGCUUCUUUCUUUGUUUGAAGUGUUCUAGAUGUACUUUCAAUUUGCUAUACUCAGAAGAAAUAUUUUCCAAAAUUUAUCAUCCUGAUGUUUGCUAAA